UACUGGACGAGGAUGUCAUUUAACCUUUGAUUGAUUGGCCGAAUUUGUGUACCCAGACCUAGGCAACUAUCUCGCGCAUGACAACAGCCAUUACAGCGGUGACUGAAUUGGAAGCUUUACCAUCUGGAGAUGUGAAGCUUUUCCAACGAAUGCUUUGCAUACUGGAGGAUUUUCUUACAUGUAGCAGAGGACUUGUAGCAGAGGACAUUUUAAUUGAGGAACAGCGGUGGGUUUUCCUGUUUGCUGGUGUUAACGCAAGAAACUCGCGAGUUAGAAGUCUGGAAAAACGCCGGUUCAGAUCGUCUGCUCCAACCACCUCCUUCUCUUUUGGUCUUGUACUCAAGCAAGUGUUUACAUGCGACUUGCGAAUGGCAGUUCUUGCCGUAACAUCCGGUGCUUACCAUGUAUGAGAUAAACACUGAAAAUGUGCGUUAUUCGUCAGAGAUGGAAAACCCAAAAUUUGACCUUGGACCAAGACGUAAAAACAACAAUCCUCCACCUGAUGUCAGCAAAGACGACAUAGCAUCAGUUAUUAAACUGAGACCUCCUGCCAAGAAAACUUGGGAGCCUGAUGUAAGAGCUCUGAUCUCCACCAAGAAAUGGCUUAGUACCUACGGGCUCAAGAAAAACCGUCUUACUGUGGAUCAAAUCCUGGCUCAAGUCGGAUUCAAGCACAGCGAUGAGUAUGACCGAGCGCUAAAGAAACCAGUUUGCUCAAGAUAUGGAGAGGGAUUGUUUACCAGGUAUCCUGCAAGAAAUGGAAAAGUCUACAAUGUAAAUGUCAAGGUUGGUAGGGAGAAAAUCAAGCAACUUGAGAACAGCUUGCUCGCUGCCAUCAACCUGUACAAGCGACGUAUUGAGUGGUUGACAAGUGAAGCCCGACGGCUGUUUGGUGUAAUUGAAGAUCACUGUAUCACCAUUGUUCUUGACAUCAAGACAAGCUCCCCUCUUCAGUUUGAUCACUGCCGUAAUGCUAUCAUCAGGGUACUACAGGAACAAGUGUCCCAGAUAGCAAAGUUUAACUUAAUCAGAGCUGCACAGGACGUGGUGAUAUUUCAACCUCAAGCUGUCCCUGUAUCCAGAGACAGUCUUCAAAAUGCUAUUGACUGGCUACAUAACCUAGAUAGUGUGGCUGAAACAACCAAGACUAGUGCCUGUGAAGGCAUCAGAAAGGCAUUUGAGGACAAAAAUGUUGAGGCUGUGUAUCUUUUCUCUGAAGGAAGUUCAGCCAGCACCAAUAUGGAGCUAACAUUGCAGAAGGUCCGAGAUGCUCCACUACCUGUGCAUGUUGUAGCUUUCAACAAUACAGACUCCAUUACCAUCAAAUAUCUUAAAGAUAUAUCACGUUUGACUGGAGGAAGAUUCCAUGCAUUUGCCUUCAACAAGCUUGAUUCUGAUGUGAGUGGGACCAGUGGAUUCUCACUAGACAACAAGAUCCUGAUGGGGGGUGUACCUCCAGGGGCAGGGCCAAGAGAGGAUGUGAUAGCUAUGUUUGCUGAGCUUGAGGAGGCUAGGCAUGCUCUCUCAGAUGUACAGGUUUUGCUGGACAACACAGUGCCCGAUGGAAAACCAGACAGUGCUCGUCUGUCUAUACAAAACGGUGAUGUUCCUGGCAGUGGUGAACGUAGUGAGCAGUACAUGAGCUCCAAGGAGUGGCUGCACAGACAUGGUCUAAAGCCUCGUAAACUGGACCUCUAUGAUGCGUUAAGUCUCUGCUCCUUCAAGCAUUGUGAUGGAGUUGUGGAUGUGAAGAGACCUCCAGAUGAUGAAUAUACUGAUGCUGCCACGAGAAACAAACUUGUGAAUGCCAAGUACUGUGAUAAGUUCUGCCAUGUUACUUGGAAGGAUGGGUCUCUCAAACAUGUACACGUCACAGCCGACAUUCAUCGAAAUUAUGAGAGGAAAAUGCUUGUAGCUCUGGAAGACUACCAAAGAAGGAUUGACUGGUUGCAGCAGGGUAGUAGAGAGUUGUUUGGGACGAUCAUUGAGAAUGAAGUUUACAUCCUGAUUGAUACAUCCAACUCAAUGGAGAACCACCUAGGACUGGUGAAAGAAAAGCUCCUCAAACUCAUGCAGGAACAACUUCGACACAAGUCUCGUUUCAACCUGGUCAAAUUUGGUAGUCGGAGCAUGUCAUGGCGGGAUCGUAUGGUUGAAGUCAAUGAAUCCAGCUUACAGGGUGCAUGGCAGUGGGUCCGUAACUUGUCUAUUAGUGGAUCAACUAACACACUGGCUGCCUUGAAGACAGCACUGAGUGAUGUCAACACUCAGGCAGUAUAUCUACUGACAGAUGGCAGGCCUGAUCACCCUCCCAAAACCAUCCUAGCCCAGGUACAGCUUCAGAAAGCUGUUCCUAUCCACACCAUCUCCUUCAACUGCAAUGACCGUGAAGCCAAUGACUUCUUGGCUCUGCUUGCUGCAGACUCUGGAGGGCGCUAUCACUACUACUCAGAUGAGCUCCUUGGUGUCUCUCCCGAGAUUGCAGGUCCCCAGCCCUAUGAAAGUGAGGAUGUCCGACUGCUGAAGGAGGAGAUAAAGAAAGGCAAAGAUGACAUGAAGAAACUGGCUGAUCUUAGAGCACAGUGUGCUCUGCUGGACUGGGGGAACUCUAGGAGUGAGGAGUUAGGAUGUGGACGAGAUCAUGGCAUCAGAAAGAGGCCGUCAUCAGCUAUUGGUCUACGAUCAGCUUCCCAGAUCCUCAGCCGAGAUUCAGCAAGCCCCAUCCCACCCCGCAACUCACGACCCACUAGUGCCCAUGGCUACCAAGCAGCAAUGCGUCGCCCUAUGUCGUCAUUAAGCAUGAGUUCAACAACCCAUGAAAAAUGCAAGCCUAGAACCAGAACAGCAACAUAUCCACCACGACCCAACUCAGCUGUUUCAAAGAAAAGCAAGCCAAACGUUACCUAUCACACCAAGACAAGUUGGCUGCGAUUGAAAGGCAGCCUGGAUGGUUGGGUGGUUCCUGAGACCAAAAGUAUGCUCCUCAAACAGCAGGAAAGGGUCAAUACAGCUCUCCAAGGCCUUGAAAAUGAACAACAAAAACUGAAAGCACCCAGGAAAAAGAAAGUUGUCGACCCAUUGAAGAUGUCCUCUAAACGUUGGCUGCAGAAACAUGGUUUGAAGGCUCGUAAGCUGACCAUCUACGAUGCCUUAGGAAAAACAGCGGUCAAGCAACGGUCUAAAUAUGUACCCAUCUUAGAUAAACACAUCAUCUCACAGGUUUUCAAUGAUAUCCUACCCUUGGCUCAUGUGACAGACAACAAACAAGAGAUCAGCCUGGUCAAUCCCAAUGGCAUUGACUUGAAAACCUAUGAUGAGAAAUUAGAGAAAGCUAUCAGUGGAUUCAACAAGAGGCUGGACAGGAUAGUGUGGAAAGCUCUCACACCAGAAGAACGAAACCAGUUUGACUGUGAAGAUCCCAUCUCUUUUCUGGACAACCGCAAGGACUGUCUGGAUGCCCUGGACCGGUUGGGUUGGCCCCUGCCAGAGAAAGACAUCAUCCUGCUAGAAGAUGAGAUAGAGACCGGCAACAGGUAUCUCAGGCACAGCCAUGCUAUCCAGAGAGCAGUCCGGCAGAAGAUGAAUGGGUCACAGUCUGGUGGAUCUACAGGGAGGAGUCUUGAAGAGAUCACACCCAGAAAAGAGGAAGUUGUCAAAAGGAGGCAGCCAAAGGCUUCAGAGGAUACCUUUGAAGAUGCCUCAGUGGUUUCUGGAACAAGGCAGAGAAGGAUCGCAGAGGAUGUGUCAGAGGGAAGCUAUCACAGUGAUGAUGAAGAGGAUGAGUCAGAUGAUAAUAGGAGUAGAUCGGAAGACAGCAGUGACUCCAGUGAUGAAGAGCUGAGGAAUGUCCGUGACAGUGAUGAUGAUGAUCAAUCCAGCAAUGAUGAGGUAAAAAAAGCAAGAGUGGUUGUGAGGGGUGGACCGGGCACAAAGACGAAGCUGAAACACAAAGCCCCAAGAAAGAUGAAGUCAACAGUAUCAGAACAAAAUUACCCAAUCAGGCUGUCCCUAAGGUCAAAGGUCAUUGCACGGAGCAGUGUGAAUGGGCUGUAUUAUCCAGGUAUUGUGUGUGGCAUCACUGAUGCAAGGCAUGUUGAGAUAAGGUUCACAGCUGAUGAUACCAAGGAAGUCAUUCCUAGCAGAUUUGUCAUUGAGACCCAAGGAGCCAGGCCAGCUCCUUUGUUACGAACAGGUGAUUUUGUGAUGGUUCGUUUUCUGUCGGCGGACUCUGAAGUCUGGAUGCCUAGCAUACUACAAUUUGGACCCAAAGAAGAAAGCAGACAAGCCAAGUACUACACAAUUAUAACAUACGACCACAGAUCGCUGGAUGUACCUCGGAACAGUCUGAUCAAGAUUGCCCAGGCUCGUUAUAACUUCAUGGUGCGUUACAUCUGGUCAUUACGCAAGUCUGCCAGGGUACCCAAUGCCGUUUGGCUGGUUUCAGGAGAGAAUAGAGAUCAAGAUCAGGUUAUCCAAGAUCUUGAGGAUGACUCUGGUAUACACCUGUCAUUGCUUCAGAGGACACCCUCUGUGGAACAAGAAGCUCAAACUGAACGGCCACAGACGGCCAGUGAAGAAGUGCAAGCAGAUGACACAGCCCCUGAGGACAUCCGAGAGAAGUUGUCAGAAUUACAGCAACAAAUGAGAGAGCAGCAUGAGGAACACAUACAAACACAGCAGGUAUUGCAGGAGGAAUUGAAGGAGAGUUUCAAACAGCAAAAACUGAUGGAUGACCACCAGAACCAACUGCUACAGAAACAUGAUGACUUGCUGCAUAAACACUCGCAACUGCAACGCGAUUAUGACACCACCACCAGACAACACCAGAAACUGCAGAAACGACACUCCAAGCUGAAGGGCAAACACAGUCUACUCAAAGAAGAGCAUGACACGCUGGAGACAACACGCAGGGAAUUAGAUGACAGGUUGCAUGAUAUGUCAAGUAAGCAUGGAUUACUGGAAAACGAGUACAGUUCUUUGAAGGGAAAACAGGAUGAUUUGGAGAAACAACUCCAGGAAAAGUUAAGGCUGGAUGAAGAAAUGGAAAGGACUAGGUCCCAGACAGAAGGCCUGGAUGGGGAUGAGAUAGCAGUGGGUGCAGGGGGCAUUAAUGAAGAUGCUGAGAGAACUGAGGAGGAAGAGAAAGAGGAGGAGGAAGACAAGGGCAAAGAUGAGGCUGUGGAUGGGGAAGCAGAUGGUGCCAUGGAGCUUGCAUGGGCUGGGGAUGAUGAUGAUGAUGGAGUAGAUGAAGCUGACUUCAAGAGAAAGAUUGACAUCGGCGAUGAAGUCUUGGCUCAGUCUCCUGAAGAUGGCUGGUUCUAUAGAGGAACAGUGAACUCUAAGAGUGAAGACUCAGAGUUUUAUGUUGAAGACAGCAAUGAAACUAUCCAGAAGGUGUCUACCAAGUACAUCUUGACAGACAAGGAUGAUGGAAACAGGGUGAUAAAGCAAGGAGAUAACGUCAUUGCCUUGCAUCCAGGCCACCCCUUCCGCUACGGUCCAGCCAUCAUUACCAAGGUCCUGCAGGAUCUGUGGUAUCAGGUGGAAUUCUACGAUGAAGAGACUGCAGACGUACCCAGGGAGGAGAUGUACUAUGUGACCCCAGACUGCCAUGAGGAGGUCAAGGAAGCCAUCUUGGUUGGGGAAGAUCGCUGGGUGGGGCACCCUGCUGUUGCUAGGAGAAAUGAGGAUGGUGUCUACUAUUUAGCCACCGUUAAGGAACGCAUCAACCGAGGGCAGUAUUUUGUUGUGGAGUGGCCAGAUGAUAUGACAAGCAAGCAACACUGCAAGCACAUCUUUGGUGCCUUCUCACGUCGUCAACGUUUUGCUCUCGGUGAUUAUGUCCUCGCCAUGGCCAGCGCUGUUAACAUGACAUAUUACCUACCUAGUAAAAUCACUGCGGUUGAAGGCAACAAGUUAGUGGUGGAGUUCUGUGACGGAUCAAGCUCGAAUAAUGUGGACCCGAUCCAAUGUUUCUGGCUUUCAGAGGGAUAUUAUGAAAGCAGCCAACUCUUCCACAUGCGAAAAACUGCUGAGGUACCUGCCAUCUUACCUACACCUCUGCUACCGACUCCGCCUAGGUCACGACCUAGUUCAGCCUCCAGCAUUAGUUCAAGGUCAAGCCUGGGGUCAAAGUUCAAAAGGUCUGGUUCAGUGACAUCUAGCAUUUCUAGUAAAAGCAAAUCAAUUUCUUUGGCAGCUGAUGAGUGGUAGUUCUUUCUGUCAAAUGAAAGUGAUAUUUUGAGAAUCUUCAAUCUACACGCUAUAUCAAAUAGCAAUACUUGCAGGGUUUGAGUGCAUCAUUCUGGACAUUUAUGUCAACAAGACAUUUAAGCGCCAUUUUAACUAUUUCUAUCCAAGAUUUACCCUCCCAAAAUCAAAAUCAUAUAUGGCCGAUAAAUCACAUUUUCCUCAGUCAAAAAGAUGAAUAAUCCCCCAUGGAAGAUUUUACCUCUUUUUUUUGGUCACAAAUUUCAUUAGCAAGUGGUUUCAAGGUAGUGUGUGAUACAGCAGUGCAUUGAUCCAAUUGAAAUGAACAGAAACACUUAAAAAAUCUAAAAAUCUGGUUUAAUCUAAGGGUGUGUGUGACCUUACUUGAUUUCUUGAAAUUCUUCAUAAAGCUUGCAUACUUUGAUUUUCAAUCAUGUGUGAGGUGUGCAACUUCAAAUUACGCAAUGUAUAGAGUGCAAAAAUGCUUUGAAAUUAUGGAAUUGGUAAUUAUUUUCUGUAUCACAGUUUUACAAAUAAAAGUGUGCAUGUAAAAAUUAAUAGUUCAAGUGUAAAUAUUAAGAACUGUGCUUUAUAUAACGGGUUUUGCCCUUACCCAACGUAUAUUAAUAAGCACUGCAUGCUCACUGCUUGUCCGAGAGCUUGCGA